AUGACCAAAAUCCCUCACAGCCCAAAUAUCAAGAAGAUUCUCGAUCGAGUCAAAUUUAGAACCUCUGAGCUGAUCAAAAGCAUCGAAACAAACGAUUGCACAACGGUUGAUAUCACCGAGCCAGUCAGCACGGAGCUAUUGACUCAAGUGGCUAACAUUCAAGUCAACGAGCAAUUUGGAGCGAUCUUUGGCCCUGUGAUCGAUGAGUACUUUGCCAAGUGCACUUCGGCGAAAAAAGACAAACUUCUGAAAAGAAUGAACAGGAUUAACGCAGUUGUUACUCAGUCCUGUAAUGAAUUGAAUUUGGUUUGCCCUGGGUUUCAGAAAGCAUCGUUCUCAUCGGAAGAAACUUCGGAAACCGGGCUAGCGCGUGCUCGUCCAAGCUUUUCGUCCUCCUGGUCAUCCAUUAACAAUAUUCCGGGUCCUGUUAGCUGGCAACAAGGCGUAAACAAUAUCGCUCAUAAUUAUCCGAACGCCUCUAAAAACCGACCAUACGGUCGCCCAACUCACACGCCAACAAACAGUCGUCCUCACUCGUCCAAUAACUGGAGUACAAAUCAAAGGCCUCCUCAAAGCGCAUGGAUUAAGAUUCCAAAAUUCAGUGGAAAAUUUUCCGGAAGAAAUAUGGAAGAGAGUUCAGGUCCCUUCGUGAACUUGUACAAACAUCGAAAAGAUGGAAGCUACAAUAUUCGCCGUCACUUUGAAGGAUAA